GAAGCCGGGAACUGUUGCGGCUGCUGCUGCCGCCCAGGCUUUGAGGGGAGCGGGGAGCCGCGGGAGGCUUCCCUCGGAUAGAGCCAGCUGGUCUCGGUUGGGGGGAGAGAGGUUAGCUCCCCUCCGCGCCGUCUCCACCGCCCUCCGGCACCGAGCCCCCUGGCCGACUAGUCCUCCGAUGAAAGUGCGGACAGCGGAGGUCGCGGAGCCCUCGAGAAAAAGCUUUGUUGGACGGCGGCGCACGAGAGCCGGGCGAGGAAGAGGGCGUCGGGGGGGCGGGGGUGUCCCUCGCCAGAUGGCACUCCGAAGGGGCGAGCCGAGGAGGAGGCGGCGGCUGCAGUAGCUCGAAGGCAGCUCAGGGAGGAGGACGAGGAAGAGGAGGAGGACAGCGCGGGAGCGGCGCGCCUCCGCCCGCCCGGCGUCGAGGAAGGGACCCAACUGAUCCCCGGCGCCCAGUCCCGCGCGCCCUCCCCUUCCUGGGACCCGGCGUGGCUGGCUUCACCCCAUGGCCCCGACUAAGCGCCAGGCCUGAAGGGGCGACGAGGAUGAGGCCACGUCCAGCGGCAGCGAGGCUUCUGCCCGGGCAAGUCGAGGGCGGCGGCGGCGGCGGCAACCACAAGAGCAGCAGCAGCAGCAGCAGCAGCAGGUGAGCGGAGAGCCGGGUGCCCGGCGCUCGGAGCGCCACUUACCAAAGAGCCGGAGAGCAACCGGACUUUUCGAGAGCCGACGCCCGCUGCCACCGCGACGCCGCUGCUUCAGGCUCGGGAGCCGCGGGUUGCAGCGGCUCAGGAGCGAAGACCGACAGCUCUCCCGCGGCCGGCGGGCAGGACCGCUAGGCAGGGCGCAUAGCCGCCGGGGCGUCUGAGGGGCGCGUCGGGCAUCGCCAGGACUCGGGGCGCGCCUGCGGUGACCCCCGCCCCACUGGAGGAGCCUCUUGGGGGGCGCCGGGAACCCCGUUUGGAUUAACUGGUCCCUCCCGCUUUUUGCUUUCUCCCCCCCCCCCGUUUCCUUUCCUUGGUUCUCCGGGACCUGCCCGGCGCCUGGCCGCCUUCCCCGACAUCUCCUGGGACUAUUACCUCACCUCGCCACCGACCUCAGGACUGUCUUCCGGAGAACAAGGCAGCAACAAUGCCUGACUCGCCGGCUGACGUGAAGACGCAGUCCCGAUCCACGCCCCCGAAUAUGCCGCCGCCAUCACCAGCCGUCACGCAGGGAGCAACGCGACACCCCACCUUCACACCAAACCCUAAUCGCGAAGCUGGGCCGCCGAUGUUUCUGCCCCGCGGCCGUUUUCAUGGUUGCUUGAAAUGGUCCAUGGUGUGCCUCUUAAUGAAUGGAAGCAGCCACUCUCCGACAGCAAUCAAUGGCGCGCCCUCCACCCCCAAUGGCUUCAGCAACGGGCCUGCAACGUCCUCCACCGCCUCGCUGUCCAACCACCAACUCCCUCCGGCCUGCGGUGCUCGCCAGCUAAGCAAACUGAAGCGCUUCCUGACCACGCUGCAGCAGUUUGGCAAUGACAUCUCUCCGGAGAUAGGGGAGCGUGUCCGCACUCUGGUGCUGGGUCUCGUGAAUUCCACGCUGACCAUUGAGGAAUUCCACUCCAAGCUCCAGGAGGCCACAAACUUCCCUUUGCGUCCUUUCGUCAUCCCGUUCUUGAAGGCCAACUUGCCCCUGCUGCAGCGCGAACUCCUCCACUGUGCCCGCAUGGCGAAGCAAACGCCCGCACAGUACCUCGCACAACAUGAGCAGCUCCUCUUGGACGCCAACGCCUCCUCCCCCAUCGACUCCUCGGAACUGCUGUUGGAGGUCAGCGAAGCGGGCAAGAGGAGGACGCCAGACAGGACCAAAGACAAUGGCUUGGACCGUGACCCGCUGCACCCUGAACACCUCAGCAAAAGGCCAUGCACAAUGAGCCCUGCCCAGCGCUACAGCCCUAGCAAUGGGAUCAACCACCAGCCCAACGGGCUGCCCCACCCCACGCCUCCGCCUCCCCAGCACUACCGCCUCGAAGACAUGGCCAUAGCACACCACUACCGGGACGCUUACCGGCACCCUGACCCUCGGGAGCUGAGAGAGCGCCAUCGGCAAGCUGCCGUGCACAGUUCCCGGCAAGAGGAAGUGAUCGACCACAGGCUCACGGACAGAGAGUGGGCGGAAGAGUGGAAGCACCUCAACAAUCAGCUGCUGAACUGCAUAAUGGACAUGGUGGAGAAGACCCGCCGGUCGCUCACCGUACUCCGCCGCUGCCAGGAGGCUGACCGCGAGGAGCUCAACCACUGGAUCCGUCGCUACAGUGAUGCCGAGGACAUGAAGAAGGGUCCCAGUCCUGCCACCCGACCUCACAACAGCACUGCCAACACAGAGGCUUCCUUUCUAGAUGCUCACCGCGAGCUUGUAUCCAGGCCCCUGUCUGGCUACAUGCCAGAAGAAAUUUGGAGGAAAGCUGAAGAAGCUGUGAAUGAGGUGAAGCGGCAGGCCAUGUCGGAGCUCCAGAAGGCUGUGUCUGACGCAGAGCGGAAAGCCCACGAGCUGAUCACGACAGAGCGGGCCAAAAUGGAGCGGGCCCUGGCAGAGGCCAAGCGCCAGGCCUCCGAGGAUGCGCUGACUGUCAUUAACCAGCAGGAGGACUCCAGUGAGAGCUGUUGGAACUGCGGGCGCAAGGCAAGUGAGACCUGCAGCGGCUGCAACACCGCACGCUAUUGCGGCUCCUUCUGCCAGCACAAAGAUUGGGAGAAGCAUCACCACGUCUGUGGGCAGACCCUCCAAGGCCUCCAAGCCUCUAGCGGUGGGACAGCCUCUUCUGGGCUGGGCGUAGCAUCAGCUCAGCCAGACGUCGUGGCUGUGAGUACCUCCAUCACCAGUGUUGCCGUAGUAGGGAGCCCCAGCGAUUCUGGCUCGGCCGCUGCCUCGCGUUCUGGCACACCGGCAACGCCAGCUCCUCUAGACACGGCGUCCCGCUAGAUGGACGGAAGGGAAACUGGGAAGCCAAUCAACAACUGUCACUGCUGCUACCACUUCUCUCCAAAUGAAAAAAAAAAACUGCAUUCAAUGCAAACCCUCAGCUACCUGACACGUAUUUGACCUCCAAAACGACCUCUAUCUCUCUCACGAAAUCCUCACGAAUUCUCAAACCUGGGCUUUAAGUGGAGUUAAGGCAAAUACCAACCUUCUCCGUUCACUCGUCAGUUUUUAUUAUUAUUAUUAUUAUUAAUUAUUAUUACUACUACUACUAUUAUACUUCUUACAGAUAUGGUUUGGGGGAAUUUAUGAUUAUGAUUAUUUUUUUAUUUUUAUUUUUUUGGAUGAGGAAUUUAUCUGCAAGCAUCACGCAUCUUGACUUGGGGGCAGGAGAAGGGAACCAAAAGGAUACUUCCGUCUGUCUUCUGCUGGAGAUGCGUUUGAGGAAAUAAGGAAUGAAACCCCUUCCCCGAAAGGAGAAGGGGGAGAAAGUGGGGGAAAAAAGGAUUUCAUUUACAAAAAGCAAGAUUUUUCUUUUUUGUAAAAAAAAUAAAAAUAAAAAUAAAACAAUAUAAACAUCAAA